GACAGUUGAAAAACCAAACAAACGCUCGAGCGAAAAGUCUAUUUUUGUGUGUUGCUGAAAUUUGUUAAAAUUUAUAUGUAAAAUGAACAGAAUAGAAAAUACUUUUCUUUACUGAUGGCGAUAUUGAUGGAAAUACAAGGAAUGUAUUCAUUUAAUGAUUUGAUAUUACUUGAGAACUUUAGGCAACGUGCGAGCCGCCAGGAAGUUAUUUACCUUCACCCGAGAGUUAUAUCUGAGGACAUCAAUGAAAUUAUGUCUGGUGACAGAAUAAAAACUCGGAUGUAUUUAAGGAUUUCUGCCAGCACGUUUACAAAAAUUGUGCAGACAAUUCCCCGAAAACAUCAUGGAUGGUCGUGCGAGUAUGAAGUUAUUUGCUUUUUAUUUUGGAUGGCAUGUGGUUGUAGUUACCGGGUCGCAGCAGCUUUUAUGGGUUUCAGUAGGUACACAGUGAGAAAUAUAAUACAUAAGAUGCUAGAGGACUUUUUGAAGCUGCGGCAUUUGAUUAACCAUGGUUCUGUGAACGACUAUGAUACACUUGGUUUAAAGUUUUGCCGGAAGGCAAAAAAUAAAGCAUUCAUCAAGUUCAUUGGCGCUAUCGAUGGAACUCAUAUAAGAACUAAUGCCCUGUUAACAAACAUGAUGAAUAUAUAAACCAUAAGAAGUUUUACUCCAUUCAAGUGCAAGCAGUCGCAAAUAGUGACUCAAAAUUUACUGAUGUUUUCGUUGGUUUUCCUGGUUCUGUGCAUGACACCCGUGUUUUUCUAAAUAGCCCUUUAUAUGCAAAAGGCAACUAUCCACCAAACGGAUAUUAUUUAUUUGGUGAUAAGGGAUACCCGUGUCAACUUUCGCCAGUUCCUGUAAUAACGCCAUUUAAAGAACCUUUAACUCAAAUGACCGAAAUGAAAAUAUACUUUUUGAUUCUGUUGACGGUUUAAGAGAAAGAGAACAAAUAUUUCCAUCGUGUUUACAAAAUGAAAAUUCUACCUUCUAAACUGAAGUUUUAUAAUUUUUUCACAAAAACGCAUAUUUUAGACAUUAUAAUUUAUUUAUUACUGUUAUGCUUCAUGCAUUUUUUGGUACGUAUUCAAUAUCUAAUGCUACAUAUAUGUAAAGUGAGUGGCAUAAAAUCAUAAGUUCGCCACAUAGUGUUAGGUUUCGACUAUUUAUUUAUCUAUUUUCAAAUUAAAUUAAUUGUUUCUUAUAAAAAUAAAGUUUCUUCAAUAAAAAUAAAGUUUCUUCAAUAAAAAUAAAGUUCAUUCUCUACCUAAAA